UGAACAACUUUACUGCAAUUAGCUGCUUGUAUUGAUUGGUGUAAUAAUUUCACUUUCAAUUUGUCUACAAUAGAUUAGGAAAUUUUCAAGAAAAGAUUUCACGUCUUGUAUGUUAAUUCUUGCACUUCAACUAUUACGAGAGCAGGGAAAAACGGAUAUGGACUGUCAAAAUACUGGCUCACAUGGGGGAGAGCAGGCAGAUGAGAAAUGCAUGCCUAAGGCUGAUGAUGAUGACAAGCCUUGUACCCGCAACAGAAGACGUAAUGCUAGAAGCCAAUCUAUGGCCCCUUCAACGACAAGCCAAAGAGGUGGAGAUAGAGAGAAGAUUGAAAAUAAAAGGCGUUGUUUGAGAAGGCAAUCUGCAAGGUUCAAAUCCCAAGAACGAGAACCUACAGAGAAUCUAUUUGAGAUUGAUGAUGUUAAAUUUGCAGCCACUCAGCAACUUGAUACUCCGAUGCAUGAAGAUGGUCCAACUCCUUUGGGUCCAUCCAUUACAAUUGUAGAAACUUAUAACCCAAGAGCUGAAACAGAAAUAUUGAAAAGAUCUUCACUCGGAAGACCAUUACGUAAAGCAGUUGAGAAAGUGCAAUCGUACAAAGAAGUUGCAGUUAAUGUUAAAAUGCGGAGAAAAGAGUGAACAACUAUCAAUUCCCCACACAUUCCUAGAGACCGCUUCAUGUUUCUAAUUUCGUCCUGUAACCUAUUUAUCGUUGUUUGUAGAACUUACAUUGAUUUUUGUUCUUUCUUUUUGGGAUGAUUUUUAAAGUUGCUGUAAAAAGAAAAAAGUGUCAUGUAGUAUGUGAAAGACUGAAAGGGUUUGAUGAUUAUGUAGCUUAGUGAACAAAUCAGUUCAGAAUAUUGUUGGCUAAACGUCUAAUCAGAAUGAAAUGCAUGCAUUUUGAGACUCAAUGCUGCUUAAAUGGAGUGUUAAAUUAAAGCAAUUUGAUCCCUCACUACAUUUAAAACACUGUGAGAAUCCUUUAAUGCUGCCAUUUAUUUUGACAGCUUCCUCCAAACAACUGGUUUUGUCCUAUUUAACUGCUGACUGAUUGUAAAAGAACAAGACAAAAAGCAUGGAAAAAGAAAAUCUUGCGUUCUCAAGUAAGAUUUCCUCCUUUCCCUUAAUUUCUUGGCCAGCUGGAACCAGUUGGGGGAACCCAAUUUCUGAUAUGAUGGAGCACUGAGGCGGAUCCCUUGACUCAAUUGUUUGUUUCUGAAUGAACUGAAUUUGGGGAUUGAUUU